CCUUCCUUUCACAUAUAUGAACACGUUAGGUGUGCGGCUGGCUGGGGUCGGCUCUGAAGGCGUUCAGGUGGCGUUGGAAUUCAUUAGGAUAGCGUUAGUGAUGUAAUUCUCCUGACGGGUCUUUUCUUCUCUCAUAGCACUGAAAUAGAAGUAUUUUUACGUCAUUUUUGUUUGCCUUGGCCUUUGUCCUUAUUGCGCCUCCCUCAUCACCUGAAGCAGCCAGUGUUAUGUUGAGGUGACUUCCUCAUGUGGAAUUUCCCACCUGCUCUUAGCUCAGUGGAUGAACAGGAGCGGAGUUGACUGAAAAGCAGAGUAAAGGACAGAAAGCUUUAUGGGUGGAAGUCCAAGAAGGGAGCAUGGACCAGCCCAGUGGAAGGAGUUUCAUGCAAGUUCUUUGUGAGAAAUACAGCCCCGAGAACUUCCCGUAUCGUCGUGGUCCUGGCAUGGGAGUACAUGUCCCAGCAACUCCCCAGGGUUCACCUAUGAAAGAUCGCCUCAACCUUCCAAGCGUGCUGGUAUUGAACAGCUGCGGCAUAACCUGUGCAGGGGAUGAGAAUGAAAUCGCCGCCUUCUGUGCUCAUGUGUCUGAGCUAGAUCUUUCUGACAAUAAAUUGGAAGAUUGGCAUGAGGUCAGUAAAAUCGUGUCCAACGUUCCCCACUUGGAGUUUCUAAACUUGAGUUCCAAUCCUCUCAGUUUGUCCGUUUUAGAGAGAAGGUGUGCUGGGUCUUUCGCUGGUGUUCGCAAACUUGUACUGAACAACAGCAAAGCCUCCUGGGAAACAGUCCACACAAUCCUGCAGGAAUUACCAGACUUGGAGGAGCUCUUCCUGUGCCUUAAUGACUACGAAACAGUGUCUUGUUCUCCAGUUUGCUGUCAGUCUCUCAAGUUACUCCACAUAACUGACAAUAAUCUUCAAGACUGGACUGAAAUUCGAAAGUUGGGAAUUAUGUUCCCGUCACUGGACACACUUAUUCUGGCUAACAACAACCUAACAACCAUUGAAGAGUCAGAAGAUUCUCUAGCAAGGCUGUUCCCAAACCUGCGAUCCAUCAAUUUGCACAAAUCAGGUCUGCAUUGCUGGGAAGACAUCGACAAGCUAAAUUCUUUUCCCAAGCUUGAGGAAGUAAAAUUGCUAGGAAUCCCUUUGCUGCAGUCCUACACCACUGAGGAGCGCAGGAAGCUGCUAAUAGCCAGGUUGCCGUCUAUUGUCAAGCUUAACGGAAGCAUCGUUGCCGAUGGGGAACGAGAGGACUCGGAACGAUUCUUCAUCCGCUAUUACAUGGAGUUUCCAGAGGAGGAAGUCCCAUUCAGGUAUCACGAGCUGGUAACAAAGUACGGGAAGUUGGAACCUUUGGCAGUAGUGGAUCUUCGGCCACAGAGCAGCGCGAAAGUUGAAGUUCACUUCAAGGAUAAGGUAGAAGAGAUGUCGAUCCGCCUCGAUCAGACUGUGGCAGAAUUAAAGAAACAAUUAAAAACUGUAGUGCAGUUGUCAACAAGCAACAUGUUGCUCUUCUAUUUGGACCACGAAGCUCCCUUUGGUCCCGAGGAGAUGAAAUACAACUCACGAGCACUGCAUUCUUACGGCAUUCGGGAUGGCGAUAAACUUUAUGUAGAGCCCAGGAUGAAAUAGCCUCUUUUGACCUUGUGCGUGCACGCAUGUGUACACACACACAGACCCCCACACACCCACACAUAUGCAUUAAGGAGUUUUUGCAGGGUUUUUAUUUCAGCCGGUUGGUUGAGGUUUGGUUAUGUUUCUAUAGCAGGUAAUUUCUUAGCCUGGAGAGCGUGCCCUGAUCUGAGAACCAUGCCCACCAUCCAAUGCAGGUGACCUUGAAGUGGCAAUUGACUUCAGUGCAUGUGUUUCAGUUUGUCCAAUACCUUGAUGUUUUCAUCGAUGCUCCGGUAUACUCGUGAUUUGGCAUGAAUGGUCAGUUGUUCAAGCUAAAGAAUGCUAAGGUCCAUAAAUUAGGGAGCGCUUUUUUCUUUUUUUUUCUUUUUUUUUUUCUUUUUGAAUACAACAGAGAACCCUUUUGCCCAGCUAUCUGACUGUGGCGUUAGCUAGCUGAAGUAUUUUUUUCUAGCUGGGUGCUGUCUCCUAACUUUUUGUUGUGCUUGAGUUCACUGAAAGGAUGUUAAACAGUAUUCAGCUUGAAUCAGAGCUCAGGUAUUCGGUGCAUCCUGCAUCCUUAAUUCCACUGGUUUCUGAGAUGGAACCAGAUGGGAGAAUGAAAGAGACCCUAUUAGAAAGAAAAGAUUUCUUUUCAAAAUUCACUGUCUGUAUCUGCACUGUCCCACUCUGAUUUUUGAUUAAAAAGGCUUGGUUUCUGUGCCCAUCGAACACAGUGUCUGCAGCAUGUAACACUGAAAAUCUGGAGGCAAAGGUAGUUUGACCAUGUAAGUUAUGAAGGAAAUUUUGGAAGGUGGUGGAUGGGCCUUGCAUCAGGUGGGGUUUGAGGGUAAGAGCACAGAAUUGUACUGAAGAAUAUAUUCUCCCCUUUGGCUAUUGGAACAUCCUUGCAAUGCUGAAAAGAUCAAAGUUGCUUAUAACUGUAAGCACUUAGCAUUGUGACGGUUUGUACUGAAAGCAGAACGGCUAAAAUUGCUCUCCUGGGGAGAGAGUAAGCCUAAAGCGGGAGUUUUUGUAUGUUGCUGUUGCACCAGAAUUGAAAUUUAGCACCUUCCCCAGCCCCUGACUGUGGGGUCCCUGCUUAGGGUCUGAACUAGCAGAAGGUUUUGACUCAGAUCAGUUUAUAGAAGGCGAGUAAAUGAGCAACUUUACUCGCGUUUAUUGUAAAGCAGUUUUUCAUCCUCAACAUCACCUUCCCCCCACGUGCACCUUGUAGGCAUUGUGUGCUGCUGCUUAAAUUAGCCUCUUUUUUCUACUUCAGAGCAGAUUCCCUUUACCUGUGCUGUAAGACCCUCAUUCCUUUCUCUCUCUUGUAAAUCAGACAGCCAUUUCACUUGACUGUGUCCUGCCUUGUUCCUCUGUCACCCUGGCAAGCUGAAAACUUUUCGGAUUACUUAGUUAUAAGCAACUGCAUAAAAGGUUUUUCAAGCUGUGCAGUGAGGGCUCUAGUUACACAUGAACUUCUGACCUUAAUUUUUAAGCGUUCUCAAUCCCUAUGUGCACUUUCUUUCCCAUGAUGCUCUUGUUCAAGUCACUGAGCUCCUUUAUAUUCUUGGAGGUGUGUAUUUCUCUUCGUAUUUUACCUAGACUGUGGGGUGGGGUAGGACGGGGAGGGUAAGAAGUACUGUCUCAUAAUCUUCAGGUUCAGGAUGUAGGAUCCAUUCAGAGGAGACUCAUUCGGCAUCUAAGGUAAUGAUAAAAAUGGGAGGAUUUAAGACAAGUUAAUUAUUUGUGCCUCAUCCCCCUGCCAAAAAAUGUACAUCUCGUGGCGUUACUGAGAUGAGCAAUACAAAAUAGACCAAGACUUGCUGUUUGUAACAGAGAAUCCACAGUUCGUGGCUGUGGGACCGUGGUACCCAUAACGGAACAAUGGGGCGAUGGUGGCAGUGUAACAUAAGAUGAUGCUUUUAUAAGCUAGAGCUUUACUGAAGAUGUAUUUUCCAUUUGGGUAGUGAAAGGCAUUUGCUGCCUUAUAGUGGAACUCUAAAGCCAACACUUAUGUAUGAUAUAUACAUACGUACGCAUAGGAAAAGUUGUGUUUAAUAAGAUAUUUUGUUAUAAAGCAAAGUUUUAUGAAGAUAUGGUUGUUUAAUAUUAGAAGCCUAUUUCUCCCGUUGACCUCCUGUUUAAGUACAUUAUCCGUCAGUCGGAUUGUUAGAGGUAAGCGACUGAUGCAGACACAGAGAAAUAUCUGAUCUAAUUCUAUAGAGCGGUAUUUGCCUAUGUGGGUAUAUUUAUGGCAUUGUAACUGGUAUUAAUGAGAUGCUGUAAUUAUUGACCAACUUUUUCAGCACAAUUAAAUGUCUCUGUUUCAGAGAAGGAAAUAAACAAGGUCAAUUAAAGAAUUUAAUGGGAUUUUAAAGAAGAACCAAAUAUGUGCUUGUAAGUUUGUUUGCCUGCAAAAAGUUAUGCUUAUUUGCACACAGAAUGACGGUGUCACCGUGCUGGCUCUGAACUAUAUGUAAAUAAUGGUUUUAUUUACGGUGGACCUGGUGGGAAAUUGAAAAUGGAAAAGGAGAACACCUUCUGGCAUACAAGGUUGACACGCACUGCAUAGCCACUGGAGAUUUGACGUGAACAUCUAAACCGGAUCCCCUGGUCUGUCCAGGUCCGCAAAAGUCACAGUACAAAUGUUGUAGUUGUGCCGCUUCGUGAGGGGAAGGUUAUUUCUGGCCAGUGUCGUAAAGCCGUUCACCUUCUGUGCAGCCAGCAGAGCACGUGUUGGGCGAAAACCAAAAAUACCGGUUGGCUUCCGAGGAGAAAAAGGCAUGCCCCAAACCCAGAGCGGUUCACACGUCCAGAUGCUUGACCUUUGACAGUAGGUGGAGUGAUGUGCCACAAACGCGGCAGGAUGUUCCAAAUCGAAUCGCUUUUCGUGUGUUAUAGCUUUUGGAAAAGGGUCGUGAAUCUGUGCCAUGUUACCACGUCAUAUGGGACUGUGUCUUGGGGAGAGGGGUCUGAACAAGAUAGCUUUUUUUUGCAGAACGUGGGUUGUGAGAAUUUGGGAGGGCUCUGAGACGGCAGAAGUUUGAGUUAAAUCUAUUCAAUGUCAUAAGGGUCUGUGUCCUCGCUUGGUCGACAUACCCGCUUUAGCAAAAGGUCCCUAGUUCUGUCAUGUUCUUUAAAGAAGAGAAAAUACAGACUUGCAAGCUUCUCUAGCUUUUGUGUCCUUUUAUCCCGAGCACUACUUUUGUUGAGAACCGUUUUGUUGUUCAUGCUAGUUCAUGCAUAAAAGUCUGCCACAGGCAGUUUAUGCAGUGGAAAAAGCACCUGCUUCACAAGAAAUUAGGUGACAGCUAUAUACCAAAGUAUCACACGGCUCUCUGUAUGGAGAUCAGAUGCUGUGCCGUUGUGUUUUUGGAUGUGUUCCUAUUGAAUAUCUAUGUUUUGACCAGAUGUUACAACUGGAUCGCUUAACCAGCUAUGUUAUGAAUAUGUAUAGCGUGGCGACUGUCGGUCCUCUGCUCCCUUGGUGUGUUUGGUAACUACUUUUACUGGGAGUUGCAUACAUACUGGUGGUAGAUGAUACAACGUAGUCUACGGUGGCUUGGGACACCUCAAAGGAACCGUGCUUAAUCAUGCUCCUUGCCUCUGGGGAGGGGGUCUUGUUUUGCCCUUGCCUCCUCUGGUCUGUAAUCCUAAAAAUGCGACGCGUUGGCUCUGCCUCUGUCAGUUGCCAUUUUUGCUUGUAAAUGAGAUUCUUUAGGUUCUGUUCGUGUACAGAUUUGAAAAUGCAAACGAUCUGCUGAAAGCAGCCCAGAGGCUAAAAUAUGUAUUCCUGGCAGCUGUGCCACCCUCAUUUGAUUGUGGCGCUUUGCGUAGGCAUUAGAGGAGACGUCUUCCCCAGAGCAACGGUAGAAGGGGCUUUCGCCAUCUCAGGCCUUUGUCUCUGUGAUUGCUUUUCUGCAGUUACUGGAAACUUCAAAUAUGAUUUAAACAUGAAGUUCUAUUCUUGCACUCUAUUAAUUAUACAUCCAUAUGUAAUUUUAAAGAAAAAGGAAAAGCUGUUAAGUCCAUCUCUCUUUUUAUUCUGGUUUCUCUCAUGGGGAAUAUACUUCCCACAAUUUGCCUUUGGUUUGCUUGCAGACUUAGCAGUGGAAUUCAGGCCAAUUUAGGUAAUCGGUUUGGAUCAGUUCAAUAAACUUAUUUAAAUUUUUGCACAAAAAAAAGUUUCUGGACUUUUGUGAGCACUUUCCUUGUUUCUUCAAGCAAAACUUUUCCCUCCUCCUCACCCGCACGUUUAUGCACACCUUUGGCAGAGUUAAACCUGCCAAGAAUUGUUUUUGUUCUCCUAACAAAGAGAGAUGUCAGCCAGUUGUCAUGUCAGUUGUCUGCCCUACGAGCUAAGGCUCAGUCACCUUACUUGUGAGCAAUCCCGCUUGUUGAAAGCGACGCUGAGCGCUUUGGAAAUAGUAACAAAGCAUUUUGUCUCCAAACCAUGUCAUUUUGCUUUACAUGGUAAGGUCCUAAUGCUUGAAUGUCUGUUCCUCUUCUGAACUGUGUCUUUCAGUGGAGGUGAUAAAUGUCCGCUUCCAGGCCAGGAGCGAAGCACGAGCUCUGUCUCCGUUCCUUGCUGCCUGUGCGCAGUAGUGGGACUAGCCUCACGGUUGCCAUGAGCUUUCACCCUCCUGGAAAGACUCAGUAAGCUUCCAGCUCAGUUGCUUAUGGGGAGGGCGGUAUGGCCCACCAAAGCAUUUAGUUGUGGGUUUAGCAGCUAGGAGGGGAGACUCAGGAAAGCAAAGGCUACUUUACUGGUUUCCUGACAGCACUUCAUGAUGCAGAGAGCAUGCCUGGGGCUUCCUAUGGAGCAAGG